CUCUACAAGACGAAAAAAAUAUAUAGUGAUCGAGCUCAAGGACUCUGACAAUGGCAGAUCUGGAUUCCUAUUGCGAAUUAAGUAACGAUAUUGAUAUGGAACAAUCAAGCCCUGAAUUGAUGAAAGUGGAACAAUCUAGUGAUCCUAUAGCGUUAGGGUUUCAUUUAGCAUCUCCCGAUCUAGUAAACUGCGGCGUUUCGCCUGAUCUACCUCGAGGAAGCUACGUAGACUCGCCGGAGAUUGCUAAGAAACUCAGAUUCUCCACGGAGCUUUCUCUGGAGAACGGAAUCGACGGCGGUAAAACUCGAUCCGUGAAAUUCUCAGCGAUUAAUCAAACGUUUGAGUUUGAGUUGUCUCCUGAGUCUUCCUUCGAGUUGCCUUCUCCGCCUGAGAAUGCGACGAGGCAUGUGAUAAGUAUUAACUCGGGUUCUAUAGAGGAGGAUGUGAUUGUGGAUGAUGUGGUUUUUUUGAAAGAUGAGUUUUACAGUGGAGGUGAAACGGUGAUGACUGAUGCUGUUGUUGGCAAUGAAGAGGAAGUUUUGUUGUAUCAGAAGGCUAGAGUUGGUGAUUUUGGUUAUAGGUUUCAGUCGUUGGAUCCUGGGGAUUACUUCAUUGACUUGCAUUUUGCGGAAAUUGAGUUCACUGAAGGUCCAGCGGGAGUUAGAGUUUUCGAUAUAUUUAUUCAAGGAGCAAAGGUUAUAUCUGGACUUGAUUUGUUUUCUCAAGUGGGAGCAAAUACACCUUUUGUGAUAUCUGAUUUAAGGAUGCUCGUUGGUAUGGAAGGAGAGUUAUCUAUACGGUUAGAAGGAGUGACGGGAGCAGCAAUUCUAUGUGGCAUUUCUAUUAGGAAGGAGGCAACGGCUACUUAUGUUGAAGACACUGGAGUGCUAGCAGUGAACACUGUUCUGACUCUGCCACCACAAGAAAAUAUGGACUGCAGGACGGAAGAAGAGCCCCAUGAUGUGAGUAAGGACAGUGAGAAAGAGAUGGCGGACAUGAAGAGAAUGGUUGACGAACUUAAACAAGAGAAUCAAAGAAAGAGUAGAGAAUGUGAAGAAGCAUUGAAUUCUCUCCGUGAGCUUCAAAAUGAGCUAAUGCGCAAGUCGAUGCAUGUUGGUUCUUUGGCAUUUGCUGUGGAGGGACAAGUCAAAGAAAAGAGCAGAUGGUUCUCUUCUUUAAGAGAUUUGACAAGAAAACUGAAGAUUAUGAAAAUGGAGCAAAUUAAGCUGUUGGAGGAGGCCUCCACAUACAAAUCGCUAGUCCAAGAUAUCAACGAGUUCAGCUCUCACAUCCACUCCAGAGUAAAGCAUGACGCAGAAUUGCAUGAAAAUCUCAAAGCUAAAUUUGUAGAGGGAGAAAAAGAGAGGAAGGAACUAUACAACAAGAUACUAGAGCUAAAAGGAAACAUCAGAGUCUUUUGCAGGUGUCGCCCCCUAAACUUUGAAGAAAUUGAAGCAGGAGUAUCAAUGGGAAUUGAUGUUGAGUCAACCAAAAAUGGGGAAGUCAUAGUCAUGUCAAAUGGGUUUCCCAAGAAAAGCUUCAAGUUCGAUUCAGUCUUUGGUCCUAACGCUUCCCAAGCUGAUGUUUUUGAAGAUACUGCUCCUUUUGCUACGUCGGUCAUUGAUGGAUACAACGUUUGUAUAUUCGCCUAUGGCCAGACUGGUACAGGGAAAACCUUUACCAUGGAGGGAACUCCAGAUAACCGUGGUGUAAAUUAUAGAACACUGAAAAAUCUGUUCGAAAUAAUGAAAGAAAGAGAAAACCGCUACAGUUAUGAGAUCUCGGUCAGUGUCUUAGAAGUUUACAACGAGCAAAUACGAGAUUUGUUGGUCCCUGCUUCACAAAAUGCAUCUGCAGCAAAAAGGUUUGAGAUAAGGCAAGUGAAUGAAGGAAGCCACCACGUACCAGGAUUGGUUGAAGCACGCGUGACAAGCAUCGAGGAGGUUUGGGAUGUGUUGAAAACAGGAAGUAAUGCAAGGGCUGUUGGGAAAACGACGGCCAAUGAGUACAGCAGCCGAUCUCACUGCAUUCACUGCGUGAUGGUAAAAGGGGAGAAUUUGUUGAAUGGAGAAUGCACAAAGAGCAAACUAUGGCUAGUUGAUUUAGCCGGAAGCGAACGGGUUGCAAAGACAGAAGUGCAAGGAGAGCGGCUCAAGGAGACCCAAAACAUCAACAAAUCAUUAUCUGCACUUGGUGACGUUAUAUAUGCUCUUGCCAACAAAAGCUCCCACAUUCCUUUCAGGUUAAUUAUGAUACAUUUAUUUCACUUGACGCUUGGAGGAGAUUCAAAGACCCUGAUGUUUGUACAAAUCAGUCCUAACGAGAAGGACAACAGUGAAACCCUAUGCUCACUGAAUUUUGCUAGCAGAGUUAGAGGGAUAGAGUUGGGACCUGCAAAGAAGCAGCUAGACAAUACUGAACUCUUGAAAUACAAGCAAUUGGUUGAGAAAUGGAAACAAGAUAUGAAAGGAAAAGACGAACAGAUAAGGAAAAUGGAAGAAUCAAUGCUUGGUUUAGAAGCAAAGGUCAAGGAACGAGACACUAAGAACAAAACCCUUCAAGAAAAGGUAAAAGAACUUGAAUCGCAAUUGCUGGUAGAGAGGAAGCUGGCUCGUCAACAUGUAGACACCAAGAUUGCUGCGCAGCAUACAAAACAGCAGAACGAAGAUGAAAUCAACACAUCAAAGAGGCCACCUUUUGCAAACAUACUCUCGGGAAGCAACAAGUCCUCAAAUGAAACAGUGAGCACCUCCAGCUACGAUCUACCUCCUUUACCUAACGGUGGCCUCAUUGAAAAGGAGAACAAUCCAGACAUGGUUGAGCGGUUGCAGAUACCUAAGAGAACAGGAAGAUUCUCGGUUGGUCCAAAACGUAUUCUACCAGCUCCAGCUCCAAGAAGGAGUACUCUUGCCCCAACGCCAUACCUCCCAAUCACAUCAACUUCGCCAUUAAAGCCAUCACGCCAAGCUACUAUUACUACAAACUCGCCUGAUGAAAAGAGCGGCACUAACCAAGAAGAAGCAUGCAAAAGAGCGGCAGAUAACGGGAAGACGCUGAGCAGCAUCCUGAGAAGAAGCAUGCAAAAGAGAAUGCAAACAAAAUCUAAUCCAAGACAACAACAACAGCAACCGUUGAGAAGAGGUGGCAUUAAUGUCGGAACGGAGAAGGUUAGGCUGUCUAUAGGAAGCAGAGGGAAGUUGGCUCAUAGAGUUCUGCUAACCAAUGCUCGUAAGGCAGGUUUAAAGGAGACACCACUGAAACAGGCACAGAAGGAGAAAGAGAGAUGGAUCUGAAACUAUUAAACUGGUUUUUAUUUCUCUAUGACCUGAUGACUUUAACUUGUUUUCAUAAAUUAAGUGAUCGGAGGAUGAUUGAUUUAUUAUCAUCCUACUGUGUGGUUUGUUGAUUCGUUUGAUCCUACUGUAUAGUGAGUUAGUGCAUUCUUGUUGUUUCUAAACAUAUGAAAUGAUUUGGUUUCUCAUUCAAGAGCAGAGAGAGUUCAUAACAAU